UUGUAUAGUUCAAAUGUUCAAUAGUUCAAUACCUAGUUGCAUAUUGUAUUCAAAAAAAUUGUAUCAACAAGACGUGGUCACUCAGUAUUAUAUCAAUUGUUUAAACUUGGUAUUUUCAGUAGUGGAUUGUACAAUAUUAUUUUUAAUAAAUACAAUAUACUAUAAAUUAUAAUACACGUUCCUUGUAACUUAUAAAUUCCAUUAAACAUUUAUCAUGACUUGCAACUGUGUGGAUGCUCCUGUUCCUCCAUUGUUUGGUGUUCAAACUUUAUUUGCUGCUCAACAUACUUCAGAGUCUUGUGGUGCUAACGGUUUACCAUUAACUCCCAAUUCUAUUACAAUUUUAGGAUAUGCUCAAAAACUAAGGACGUUAAAUCAUCCAAAUUUAGUGUCACAUUUGGAUUUUAUUCGGAAACAACAUGGACGCAUCAUUUUGGUCUCUCAAUAUUUCAAUCGAUCUCUAUGGACUGAAUCAAAAAAUUAUUCAUUACUAAUACCUUUGGAAAAAGUACUAAGUUGGACUCAUAGGGUUUUGUCCGCGUUGUCUUAUUUAAAUGAUAAUGGUUUAGUGCAUCGAUUUUUAACUCCACAAUACAUAUUAUUAGAUGAUGAAGAUAAUGUUAAACUAUGUAACUAUGGGAUUUAUUAUAUGACAAAUAGUGGUAAAAAUAUUACUUUUCCCAUUGGAAAAUUAAAAUAUACUGCACCUGAAGUGUUAGUUCUAGAUAGAGCUUCAAAUAAAUCUGGUCCUAAAACAGAUUCUUGGUCAUUGGGUAUUAUUAUUUUAGAAUUGUUGCUGGGAGCACAACUUUGGCCAACACUCAAGCUUAGUCAGAUAAUUCGGAAAAUAUUAUCGUUAACACAUUGUACAGAUGUUGUGAUGAGACUUGCUCGUGAAAUGGGCCGUUUGACAAUGUAUCAAUCAUUGCCCAGUGAAUUGAAAGACUUUCUCAGUAAAUGUAUUUGUAUGGAUGUUACUAAAAGAAUGUGUCCAAAAGAGUUAUAUGAUCAUAAGAUAUUUUCUCUUUAUGAGUUCUCAAAAAUAUUAACAAAUAAGUGCUAUUCAUGUAAACAUCCAUUGCGUCAAAUGAAACUGAACCAAGUCUAUUAUUUGUGGAAACUAGCUGGCGGAGAUGUUGAAUGGGCAUUGAAAAAAAAAGGCUUAUUAAGAAAUGAAUCAUCUAUUUUACUUAUACCUCGACUGAUCAUUCUUGAAGGAACAUUGUAUGGCAAUGCACGUAACCAAAGUUGUUUAUUAGACCUACAGAUAAUUGAGCUAUCUUUAGACCUAUUGGUGAAUAGGCUUCAACAUCUCAAAAUAACAGAUUAUGAUCCACUAAUUGAUCAAAUUAAAGAAUGUGAUGAUACUACUGGUAAGUUACCAUUAGUUAUUCGUGAAAAAGACACUGAAUAUCAGUUUCAUCGAAUUGUCUUGUUUGAUCGUUUGUUAUCGUCUUAUCCUUUCAAUUUGGAUAAAUUACUCAUUGAAGCAAAGAAAGAUAUUCCACCAUAUUUCAGAGGAGAAAUUUGGGCGUGUUUGUUGAAUGUUUGCAGUGAUACAGAAAACACUUAUUUGUCUAUAGAUAAAGAAACUGCUGGUGUAACAGAUAGACAAAUCGAAGUUGAUAUACCAAGAUGCCAUCAGUACAAUGAUCUACUAUCGUCGUCCGUAGCUCAUAAAAAAUUAAAAAGAGUCCUAAAAGCGUGGCUUGUUAGUCACCCUAAAUAUGUUUAUUGGCAAGGUUUAGAUUCACUAUGUGCCCCAUUUGUUUAUUUAAAUUUUUGCAAAGAACAUGUAGCCUAUGCUUGUUUAACAGCAUUUGUAAAAAAAUAUUUGAAUGAUGUGUUUUUACGAGACAACUCUGCUGUAAUUCGGGAAUAUUUAAUAAAGCUAUUUCAUUUAAUUGCAUUUCAUGACCCUCAACUAGCAAAUCACUUAGAUGAAAAAGGUUUCAUACCAGAUUUGUUUGCUAUACCUUGGUUUUUAACAAUGUUCUCACAUGUGUUUCCCAUGCAUAAAAUUUUUCACCUUUGGGAUAAACUCUUAUUAGGUGAUUCGUCAUAUCCAUUAUUUGUAGGAUUAUCAAUCCUUUCCCAGUUACGUAGUACAUUAUUAAAUUCUGGGUUUAAUGAGUGUAUAUUAUUGUUUUCAGACCUACCAGAAGUGGAUAUUGAGAAGUGCGUUUUAGAAUCAUCUAAGUUUAGCGAUGUAACACCAAGGUCAAUAACAUUUAGAAAAUAUGAGUUGAGAACUGAAACACGAGAGCAUGAUCCAUGUUUGAUCUAUGAAGUAUUGCAAAAUGAAUUUAGUCCUAGAAUUAGUGUUUAUGAUUUGCUAGAAUUAAAAAUGUCAAGUCAUAAAUUUUUGGUUGUAGACGCUAGAGAACAAGGAUGUUACAUAGAAAAGAGUAUACCAGGUAGUUUAAAUAUUCCUAUUAAGGAGGAAGACUUUGCAGAUGAAAAUUUUGAUUUAGCGCCUAGUCCAGAAUUAAGUGCUUUAGUUAAUAAUAGAGGUAGUGUAUUAGUAGUGGUCGACAAUUUACAUGCAAUAAAUAAAGUUACAAAGUUUUGUAGAUUUUUGGUGAAAAAAGAAUACCCAAAAGUAUGCAGUUUACACGGAGGUUUAGAGGCAUUAGAAACUUUUAAUAUUUUGGUACCAGCUAUGCUGUUUUGAUUCAUUAUAGAAUUUUAAAUAUUUUAUUUUAGUUAAAAAAUGAAUUGCAAUUAUAAUUUUUAUUAUUUGUAUAGUAUUAAGUUUUAAUUUUUUAAUAUAUUAUUAUAUUAUAAACUUAGUAUAAAUGCAGACUUCAAUGUUUUAAACUAUAAAUGUAUUAUAUUAAAUAUUAUUGUGUGUUUUUUGUUUUAUGCUGGUUGCAUAUUUAUAUCCCUUAAGAACAUAUUAUAUUUAUAUUCCAUCUUAAGUAUUAUUUCAAACAAUUUUAUGCUUUUUUGUUAUUAAUUGUCCUUUAAAAUCUGAGUCCUAGUUAUUACGUAUAUUUAAAUGUUUUAAUAUUUAAGUAAUUGGUUUAAUUCUAAUUUUGAGUACCUAUACUGUAAAGUGUAUACUAUAAUAUGUAAUAACUAAUAUUUAAGUUUAAAAAAAAUUGUUAACAUAGUUAUUUUGUUGAAUACUGGUCAAUUUUAAUAUGCAUUUUCUGACAUUGUUUAAAACAUUAUAGGUAGGUGUUAGGUUACAUUUAAAGAUUUUAAUAAUACUAUUUUUUAAACUUUUUAACUGAUAUUUUAUAACUAUAUAUAAUGUAAAUUUUUGAAUAAUUGAAUUAUCUCGAUAUGUUAUAUUGUUAUUUAUACUCAAUAAUAGGUACGUAAGUAAUUUACCUACCUGUACCUGUAAAACUUUAUUUUUAACAUAUUUAUUUUGUUGCACUGUCAUUCUUUACAACAUGUGUAAGCAUAUAAUAUAUUUUUUUAAAUUCUUCAUAUUCAUGUUUAUAUCAGUCAUAUUAAUCUAAUUUUGAUGAAAUUGGUUAGUAUAUUAUAAACAUUGUAAAAAUGUGAAUUGCCAAAUCAUCAAGUUCCUUUAAUCCAAUCUUAAUGUUCAAUUAUUGUUAACUUUAAUGUUGCUCUAAAAACUU